ACGAAAAUUUUAGGGUUAGGUUUAAUUAGGAGUCAGUGACAAAAAAAAGGUUUAAUUAGGAGCAUGCAUUGUGGCCCUCGCAUAUAAUACAAGAAGUGUUUUUUUUAACACAAUAAGAAGUGUUUUUUUUAUUUAUCAAUUAAUAGAAAAGGUAUACAAGAAUAUCUAUGAUGAUGUAUACGGAUAAUUUCCAGAGUAUCUAGCUAUGAUUAUCUAAAUAUAUUUGCAUGUCUUCAGGGCUACACCCUUAAUUUAUAAGGUCAUGCGCUGCGUCUCAGCUUUUUCGGCUAUCCUUUUUCCUCUUCUGAGCAGCUAUCAUGGCAACGAUCACAAAUAUAUCAACCUCCUUCUACAAAUUUCACCAUGAUCAUUCCUCCUCAAAAACUCUUAUACCAGUUUCGAAACUAGCUCUUUCUUUUGCCAUUAAUCCUCGAAAGCCCUCCUACAUCCAUUCCCGGAGCAAACACGGUUCUCUCUUCUGCUCUGCUGUUCUCACCUCACCUCCUGAAGACCUCUCCCGCAGGGGCUCUGAUAUCCUCGUUGAGUCCCUUGAACGUCAAGGCGUUGAAACCGUCUUCGCAUACCAUGGAUCCGUAUCCACGCAAGGCGUUAAAGCAGCCUACGCAUACCAUGGAGACCUCUCCAGUGGAUCCACGGAGCUCUUCCGCGCGCUCAAGCGCUCCUCCGUGAUCCGUCACAUCCUUUCUCACAACGUAAAAAGUCCUCUUUUUGCAGCUGAGGGCUACGCUCGGUCCUCUGGAAAACCUGGAAUCUGUAUUAUAGCCGCCUCCGACCGCCGCGGAGGGGACUAUCUCGCUAGCUGUCUAUCUGACACUUGCGUCCCUCUUGUGGCCAUAACCAGCCAAUACAUUAAUAACGAUGCCUCAAUGCGUUUGAUGACAAAACAUAUAUUUCAAGUGAUGAAUGCAGAGGAUAUCCCCAAGAUCAUCGAGGAAGCCUUCUUUCUAGCUACUUCCGGUCGUCCCGGGCUUGUUUUGAUUAAUCUUCCAGAGGAUAUUCAGAAAUGUUAUGCUGUUCCCAGCUGGGAAUCUUACUGGGAGCAGAUUGUUAGCUUGAUAAAGGAACAUAAGAAACCUAUGUUGUAUGUUGGAGGUGGCUGUCUGAACUCCAUCGAUGAACUGAAUAGAUUUGUCCAACUUACGGGAAUCCCCGUCACGAGUGCAAUAAUGGGACUUGGAUCUUACCCUUCCCACGAUGAUUUUUCGUUACAAACAUUUGGAAUGCAAAGGACAGUGUAUGCAAAUCACGCUUUAAAAGAAUGCGAUCUUUUGCUAGCUUUUGGGGUUGGUUCAGACGAGCCUUUACCUAGCAAGGCUAAAACAGUUCAUAUCGACGUCGACGCAUCAGGAGAUUCUGAGAGACCUCUUGUACCAGUGCGCGUAGAUGUUAAGUUGGCUUUUCAAGAGAUGAACAAGAUUCUUGAGGAACGAGCCGAUGAGCUCAAGCUUGAUUUUAAACUAUGGAGGAUUGAGUUGAAAGAGUAUAAGCAAAACACACCGUUGAGUUUCAAACCACCUAAAGAGGCCAUCCCUCCACAGUUUGUGAUUCAAGUCCUUAACGAGCUAACCGAUGGUAACGCCUUUAUAACUACUGGUACCGGGCAACAUCAUAUGUGGGCGGCGCAGUUUUACAAGUGUAAGAAGCCCAUGCACUGGCUAGCAUCAAGAGGCUUCGAAGCAAUGGGGUUUGGACUCUCCGCUGCCAUUGGAGCGUCUGUUGCAAACCCUGAUGAGGUUGUUGUGUACAUUGACGGAGACAGGAGCUUCCUAAAGAAUGCGCCGUACUUGCCUACUAUCGUGACAGAGAAUCUUAAUGUGAAGAUACUUAUACUAGACAACGAGUACAUUGGUGUCUCCUCCCUUGAGGGAGAUAUGUGUUACAAGAAAUCUUUUCUCGGUGAUAAGGCGACAACAAUACUACCUGAUAUGCUCAAGGUUGCAGAAAUUUGUAAGAUUCCAGGGAGGAGAGUGUCGAGGAGAGAAGAAGUACGAGGGGCUAUACAGACCAUGCUCGACACACCUGGUCCAUAUAUGUUGGAUGUGAUAGUUCCGCAUGUGAAGGAGAUUGCAUUAUGCUAAAGCCCAUGCAAAUGUAAACUUUAGUGCUAUUUCUAGAUUUGUAGUAAAUUAAUAUUUUAUGUGUUGAACUGCUACUUGGUUUACUAGACCACUGCCACUGGUUCAAACGCUAGUUAACUUGGCCUUUGAUGGUUUAUUAAAUGGGCACUUUUUUUUUUUGUAACUUGUUUUUAAUAUCGGUAAUUAAAUGGGCACUUGUUCGGUUGCUUCUCUCAAUCUUCAUUCCCGCUUAUUUGUGAUAUAUGGUAGUAUAUAUUAGAGUGAUUCGAAAGAAUUGCUUUGAUUAUCGAUAUUAUUAAAAUGCAUUUAUCUUUUCAAACACACAUUCAAAAAAAAAUUUAGAAUUAAAAAUGAUUGAACUGAAGUAUUUAAAUGAUGGGAAAAUCAUAUGGUUAGUAAAAAAUUAAUUUUGAGCCUCCAAAAAUUAACGCGGAGAUCCAGAGACUGAGUGAGUGGGCGAAAGACUCAUUGGCAGAGACGGUCAGACACAUGAGUUGGUUAACAAUCUGCGUACUCAACCCUCAUUUCAUUUGUCAUUGGCUUAGUUGCGGAGGAAACUAACUACUUCAGCGAAACUGAAAAACACCCUAUGCUUAGCGUUGUUCUUGCUUCACUCACUUACAUUCCCUAAUUUCCCUUCAUUCAAACUUCUUCUAAUUCACCUUCAGUUACCAUUUAUAUAAACCCCUUUGU